AGAAUGAUAUCUGCCAACUUUUCUGCCAUUGUAGUUUAGUUGAUUUGUUGGUUUUAUUGGUUUUCCAAUUUUCACAUCCAAAUCAAUUUUUUUAAAUUUCUUUGAAGUUACCUUAAUACAUGUUUGUUACGCUUAUGUUCAUUCCUGAAUCUUUAACCAUUUCGUAUCUUUCUAUUAUCCAAGUAGCUGAAAUCAAGACUAAUCAAUGCUGUGGAGCAGGGCUGUACCACAGAACCUUCGGCAGUGAUAGAAAAAUCCUAGGUUUGCAGCGUCCAGCUUGGUACCCACUAGCCACUUUUGAUGUGGCUAGUGCAAUUGAGGCACUUAAUUUUUAACUUCUAUUUAAUGUCAAUCAAUUUAUAUUUAAAUAGCCACAUGUAAGGAGUAGCUACAGUGAAAGCAGUGAAAAAAACCCAGCGCUUGUUUUUUGCUUUUGGUUUUUCACAGAAACGAAAUGAGAUUUAUGAUUUAAAAGUCAUUGCGUAAGACUCACUAGGAUGAUCAAAGUCAUUCAGCCCCAGGAUAAGAUAUUAGCUUUAUACUUAACAGGAUAUUAAGCCUAAUAUUAUUCCUCAGAAUUAGUGCAGCUGCAGGUUAUUCCUGCUUAGGAUGUAGAACAACCCUGGGAUUCUAUUAGAGUAGCAUCUGGUGGGAAAGUAUAUCUCCUCUAUUCUAGUUUGGGGGGGUUUUGUGUUAAAGCAAAAUUGACAGAAGAAAAAGAAAAGUAAGAUCUUAUUUUGUAAUGUGCUUUGCAGUUUUUUUUUUUUUCUUUUCAUUUUUGUCUAUUAUCUCCUCAAAAGCUAAGGCCUAGAAUUGACACUAUUCUCAGUUGUGAGGGGAAAAUAUUUCUCAGCAUGAGAGAAAUUCUUAUGGUUGAGAAGGAGCCGUGGAAAGGAUGACUGAGAGAUUUCCUCAGGAAAAGGCAACGGUAGGAUUUAGGAACAGUUUGGAUGCAGACUCCUAGGAUGAAAAGUCAAAGCCAGGGUUACUGGUGUGCGUGGUGACUCUGUAACUCAUUGAAGAAAGUAAGGAGGAACAGCUGGUUUGAGCUAAGACAUUGGUUUUAAACCUGUUGAUUUUAAGGUUCCAAUAUGUCACAGGCAGUUCCAAAUGCCCCAAAGCCAGACUGAAGGGCAGAGCAGAGCUGGCUCCUAGCUGGACAGCAGACUUGCAGGAGUCAGUGGCGAGCCUUGCUUGGUUUGUACUUCACCAUGUCCUUUUCUCUCCUUUACCUGCUCCACCCUCCUUCCCCCCAAUCUGGUGACACUCACCCUUUCAGUAGAGUUUUGUUUGUGUCAAGAAGGCAGAAGGCAAGGAUGAGAACACUCACUUGAAAGAAUGAAUAUCCAUGAAAGAAAUGCAGGGUGUGUCUAGGGAAAGUGUAGAAGUGGUCAAAGAAGUAAGUGGAUUGAGUGGUUCAGGGCGAGGAAAGGAUUUUUAACUUAAUUUGAAUUAAUUGAAAUUUUGUCGCACGUGGCUGAUGGCUACCAUAUAAGGCAACACAGGUUUAGAGACUUUGGAAAAGUUAAUAAGGGCAUGAAUAAAGUAGGAACUCAGGCCUUGGGCAUUUUGGAUUUGAAAUAAAAGCUGAGGAAAGGCAUUACAGGAGAUCAGAAUUCUAGCUUAUGUUUGUAACGGGAAUCUUUUGGAUAUGGUGCUAUCCUAUUUCUUUUAUGUUUUAUCUUAUCAACUUUAAAAACAUACAGAGAUAGAAAGUAGGUGAGGAAUAAACUUUCAUUAAAAUGAAGGGGAUUUUUGGAAGGAGAAAACAUGUUUUUAUUAUUCAUAGAUGAUAUGCCCAUAUACUUCCCAAAUAAAAAGUUCUAUGAAGGAGGGAGGGUAUAUAGCUCAGUGGUAGAGCAUGUGCUUAGCAUGCACGAGGUCCUGGGUUCAAUCCCCAAGACUUCCAUAAAAAAAAAAAAAAAAAACUAUUAAAAACAAUAAGAAAACUCAGGAAAGGAGUGUUUUCAAGAUACAUACUACAACAAAAGCAAUGCUUUCCUUUUAUGUUAGAAUAACCAGUUAGGAAUAAAAAUGGGAAAGAAAAAUAAUAAUUCCCCAUAGAUGAGAAUGAGAAAGACCUUAAGAGAAAUUAAACAAGAAAGGUGGAGGACCUAGUUAAAGGAAAAGCACAAAAUUUGAUUGAGGAGCUCUAAAUAAGACUCGAAUAAAUGGAGAUCUAUAAAAUGAGUUUUAAGUAGACUUGAAAAGCUGCCUUGAUCAUUUAAACAAUCUUUUCACCUUCAUAUACAUAUGCAAAGCAGUCAACUGAGACCACGGUAGAGUUCCCACCAGAAAAGAUGCUCCUUUUACAGAAGCAGGAAGUAGGCUGAUCCUUUCAACAGCGAUGCCAUUUUAAAACUAUAACCAAAGAAGGGCACAAGCUGGCAAAACAUUAAAAUGUUAGUUCUUUCUUCUCUUUAGUAUGUGAUUAGCUCUCUUAGGUGUCCCCUGGGCUAUUGCAGUAGCUUCCCAGCUGAGGUUUUGUUCUGUUUUGUUUUUGUGUCUCUGGCCCACGGACUGCAUCACUCCCAGAACUGUAUUAUUAAAACUGCAGAUCCGAUCCACAGCUCUUCUUAAGAAAUUUUACCUCAAAUUCAUAUACAGUUAAGAGUUUCAAACACAUUUUUGAUGGCUGUUUUUUCACUUUUGAAGUUAGUGGGUUAAGUGAACGUUUUCUCAGCUGAUGAAAAUAAAACUGGCAAAACAUUUUGGUUGGCAUAUCGGUAGUAGGCAACGAGAAAUUUAAAGAUGUUUAUAACCUAAACCCCAGUAAAUCCACAUCUGGGAACCUUCCUAAAGAAACUAUCCUGAAUACCACAAAAUAUGCCCCCAAGUCUCUUGAUACAAAGAUAUUCUUCAUAGCAUUAUUUAUAAUAGUGAAAACUGUACAUAACUUUAAUGGAAAAUAACUAAACAGUAAUUACUAAAAGGAUGUCUUCCUGUAUCAUUUUGUAUUUGCAUCUGUUAUGCACACAUGAUAUAGUUCUAUGAAUUUCUGCCAAUCUAAUACUUCCUUCUGUCCCCACUGUGCCUAGCACGUUGUAGAUCCUCAACGAACGUUUGCUGAAUAAAUGAACAAAUGAAUGUUGGCACAAAUGCAAUCAAGUUUCAGUUGCCCUUUACCAAUUGGUUAAAAUUGAGGUGGUCUGUUCUUUUAAGUGUGGUAGUGUGCAGUUCCAUUUGCGAUGAAAAUGUAUUUCAGAUUUAAACCUCUCCUAUUCCAGAGAAUACUUUUGUAGGCAAAAUAACUAUUUCAAACAUUUCAAGGGAAAUUCAGUUGAUAAAUGUAUCAAAUAAUAAUUUUUAUAAAUAAAAUAUACAAGUAAUAAACCUAAUAAAUUGUUCUCGAUCUCCAAAGUCCCUUUGUACACUUUGAGUCUAUAUUUCCUCCCCUUUAUUUUCUUGGAGUUUUAUGUGUUGUUUUAUAAAUAUAAAUAAAAACUUCCACUUAUCUCCCUAAUGACAUUUCCCCCUCCAACCUAUUAUUUGUCCUCACAAUCAGUUCCUCUAUCUGCUUUGUUUAUUUGAAAUGAUCAAUUGUCAAGAAAAUUGUUUUUCACAUACUAGGGCAUUAGGCUUAGAGAGAGUACUUGAAAUUUUACUCACUGUAACUUAGGCUAGCAAAGGGAAGAAAUCUGUUAUUUUCUUUUAAAUUAUUUUUCUGGGUAAAUCUAGACGAUGGUUGUUGGUGUAGACAAGAAAUAACAUUAGAAAUUCUAAAUUAUUCCUUUCUACCUGGAAUCCUCUAAUGUGUACCACCGGUAGAUUGAGAUUUAUUUGUCAUCACUUUACAAAUAUAACCUAGACACCUAGUUCAUUCUGAAAUAUUAGCAGUUUAGGAUGGUCAUUUCUUAACAUACUUAUUUCAAUGGAACCCUGAAAAUUGAUGAAGACUGUGCGCCGAGCAUGAGGGCAGGAAUCACAUCCGUUUUGUUCGCCCUGUAUCCUGAGUCCAUCCCAGUCUCUGAUUAGGCUCUCAAAAAAAUCGCUGAACGCCUGACUGUUUCCUAAUGAAGAUAAAAGAAUCAGAGUAUCUCAACCCUUGACAAGAGGACCAAGUGCCUUUAUUCCAGAGAAGGAAGUUGUCCAAGCAAACACGGUGGAUGAACGCACUAACUUUCUUGUGGAAGAAUACUCGACUUCCGGGCGCCUGGACAACAUCACCCAGGUCAUGAGUCUGCACACGCAGUACCUGGAGUCUUUCCUGAGGAGCCAGUUCUACAUGCUGCGCAUGGACGGCCCGCUCCCUCUGCCGCACCGGCACUACAUCGCCAUCAUGGCUGCAGCUAGACAUCAGUGUUCUUACCUAAUAAACAUGCAUGUGGAUGAAUUUUUAAAGACAGGCGGUAUUGCUGAGUGGUUGAAUGGUUUGGAAUAUGUACCACAAAGACUGAAAAAUCUGAAUGAAAUAAACAAGCUGUUAGCACACCGACCCUGGCUGAUCACAAAAGAGCACAUUCAGAAACUUGUCAAAACUGGAGAAAAUAAUUGGUCCCUGCCCGAACUGGUACACGCUGUAGUCCUGCUGGCACACUAUCAUGCUUUGGCAAGCUUCGUUUUUGGUAGUGGCAUCAAUCCAGAGAGAGACCCAGAGAUUUCCAAUGGAUUCAGGCUGAUAUCAGUUAACAAUUUCUGCGUGUGUGAUCUCGCUAAUGACAACAACAUAGAGAAUGCGUCCCUUACAGGCGGCAACUUUGGGAUUGUAGAUUCUCUAAGUGAGCUAGAGGCCUUAAUGGAAAGAAUGAAAAGGCUUCAAGAAGAAAGGGAAGAUGAAGAGGCAUCUCAGGAAGAAAUGACCACUCGCUUUGAGAAGGAGAAGAAAGAAAGUCUUUAUGUGGUCCCUGGAGAUACUUUUCAUUCAUUUCCUCAUUCAGAUUGCUCAUUACCAUCCUUAGAUUUUGAGGAUGACAUGAUCGUAACUUCUGAUGUCUCCCGCUAUAUUGAGGACCCCGGUUUUGGGUAUGAAGACUUUGCCAGACGAGGGGAGGAGCAUUUGCCAACGUUCCGAGCUCAGGACUACACCUGGGAAAAUCAUGGGUUCUCCCUGGUGAACAGACUUUAUUCUGACAUUGGGCAUCUUCUUGAUGAAAAGUUCCGCAUGGUCUACAAUCUCACCUAUAACACUAUGGCCACCCACGAGGCUGUGGACACAACCAUGCUGCGCAGAGCUUUAUUUAACUACGUUCACUGUAUGUUUGGAAUCAGGUAUGAUGACUAUGAUUAUGGAGAAGUUAAUCAAUUACUUGAACGAAGCCUGAAGGUUUACAUUAAGACGGUGACCUGCUAUCCGGAGAGGACGACCAAGCGCAUGUAUGACAGUUACUGGCGUCAGUUCAAACACUCAGAAAAGGUUCACGUGAAUUUACUUCUGAUGGAAGCGCGGAUGCAAGCCGAACUCCUCUACGCGCUUCGUGCCAUCACCCGGCAUUUGACCUGAAGCGUCACCCAGGGAACACGUCACAUGUGUGUAAAGACCUUUUCCCAUAGGAUAUACAUCAGAAGCUGUUUGUGAUGUAGCAUCAGACAUCAUCCAAUUCUCUAGUGUCAAAGUUUAGCCGUUUUGGGGGGGCGGCUGUAAUGUGCAAUGAUGUGUUUUCUUUUUCUCGAUGCUUAACAUGACUAACGAUUGCAAAAAAUAAUGCUGAGGAGCACUACUUUGCAUUGUUCGUAGUUGGAUUUUUGGAUCCCGGUCAUAAAUCACGGACCCGGUUUGUUAACGCUUAACUUCCGCGCUUUGGGGUUUUGUGUGUUUCGUGUAUUUUUGUUCUUUCCUUUUUUUUUUUUUUUUUUUUUUUUUAAAUAAGGAAAAGCGCUUACAAUCUGCUCAAGCAACUGUUUUUCAGAUAUUGGAAUUCAGCAAUGAAUGACCUCCUCCGGCCAUUCUGAAAUGUUACCGUUGUGUCCUAAAUCUGGUGGCGGAGAAGCAUGCGCUGUCUAACUAAGCUGCUCACAGGACACUCAUCUGUGUCCCCAGGAGAUUAUUUGUCAGGCACUGUUUAUUUUUUGUUUGUUUGUUUGUUUGUUUGGGGUUUUUUUUUUUUUUUACUGCUAUUGGCGAUAACAUGAAAUGUGAUACAGCCAUUGUCCAUAACUUAAUGUGAAAUUAAUCAUGAUGAAUUCUAUAGCAUGCUACUGAAAUGCCAAAUUCAGCUCUUUUCUUCUCUUUGGAAACAGAAGUUUCAGAUUUCCAUAGCAGAUGUAUAUAUUCAAAGUGGAAUUAUGCACAAUCCUUUCUAUCACUGACAGUAAUCCUCAGUCAUCGUAAACAAUCAGUGCUCACAGUGCUGCUUACAGGUCACUUAGCUGGCACAUAGCAACAACAUGUACCCACACAAGACUGACCAAAAAUUUUCUUUGCACAUUUUUCGUUUCUCAUAGUGUUUUCUAUAUUGCCGUAAGCAGAGAAAGCAGAGGUUAAUAUACCUAUAUUUUUUUCCUGUUAGGCUUUUAGAACUUAUUUUCCAUGGUUUUUCUGAUGAUAGGUUAAACAGUUAAUUAUUCAAAGGUUAAAAAAAAUUGUGUUUCUAUGCAUUAAUGUGAUUGAACAACAGCAAGAACAAAAGAGUGCAAUAUGUUAAAAAAAAAAAAAACUCAACUAAACUUUCCCCCUGUUAUGUCACUGCAGAAGUGUCCUUUGAAAACAGAGCCAUAAAGAAAUUGUGUUCAGAUUUCUUUAUUGCACAAGGCUUUUUGCCUUCCUGGGGUUGAACAAUGUUCCUUUCGCAAUGCCAAAGCAUCCCCUUCCCCAGAAAAAUCUCUUUGGACGACUGGUUUAAAAAAGAUAGCAAGUCUUAAGGGAGGAAAAAAAUACCCCAAAAGUCACAUUUUUGCAUUGGUUUCUGUUGCUGGAUUAGACGACCUUCACAGAGCACAACAUUAUGUGUUUAUAGCUUUAAUUUGUAUUAUGUUACUGACCCAGUGAAGUGCCUGAAGAGACGCUUACAGCUCUCCAGUAGGACACAGCUGCACUGCUUAAACACUUUUGGGUUAAUUAAGGAUGACUUGAAUUUUACACAAACAUGCUAAUUUUUUUUAAAAAACAGAUCCAUUUUCUCCUAGUGAAUGAUAGAGUUAAAUUGUCCCAUUAGAGUUCCCACAAAGAUUUCAUUUUAGACUUACCUGUUAGAUAGGACUUACUUCUUUUUUCUCUCAUGAAAGAAUCGUGGACUAGUGUUUUGUUAAAUCAUUUCUCCCUUCCACUCAUCACCCUUUUCUGGUACAAUCCACUAGGUUGCUUUCUUUUAGGUUUUGUUCCAGAUAAGAGACUUAGAAAGAUGACUGUAAGCCUAUGAAGAUAAGUUGGUUCUGCAUUUUUAGAUUCUAGGAUCUUGGUUGCAAUCUUCCAUGUGAGGAAAAAAAAUGACCAAUAUUUUUUAAGACAGGGUGGUUUAUUUAAAGAGAUUAUUCAAAGAACUUGUGCCAGAUCUAUUCUGUUUUGUUUAUUGCAUAAACCAUAUGUUGAUUUUAUUCCAUAUGACAUUAUAUAGACAUGUAUUUACUACAGAGAAGGUAUUCAGGGGAAUGGCAAAUACGAACAGCUACAUGCAUGUCCAUUUCACUUCCCUGAUUUUAGAACUUUCAAAUUGAGGAUAUCCUUUAUUCCUGACUUUUUUUUUUAACUAGAAUUCUUUCUGUUAAUAGCCCUAUAUUUUUGCGCAGGUGACCCGUAUGACAGGAUAAAAAAUGACCUUUGUGUAUUGAAAAGGAGGAGAAAUUCUCACGGAACACCCGAUGAGCUUGAGACCAAAAGGGGAAACAAGGUUUAAGUAACUAAAAUGGCCACUUAGUUUUUGUUCUUGUGUUUUUUCCCCCAGAAACGUUAAGUCGUUGGAGUCUGGGUUAUGGGAUUCUUAGUGCCUUUACUGGAUCUCUUUCUUAGCAAGGUUUCUUUUUAGCUCAGCAUAAACCUAUCUCAUUGCUAACCAGGAAAAUCAGUCGACUUGGAACUCUAAACAAAAACAAAACAAUCUAUCUAUGAACCUCACUGACUCAGCCUAGAAAAAUUGACUUCCGAAGGUGCCAAGGCACCUCCCGAGAGGCAGCGCGCACAGCUCUGCAGGUUGUGAAUACCAUCUCACGGCGCGGUUGCUGUGAGCUUCAUCUAGUGCGCGCUUGAAAUUCUGAUGCGGUUUUCCAGGGUGGUAUUUUUUUCAGAGUAAUGAAUUUACUAUGUAGUCAUUUAUAGUGUAGCUUUUUUAUAUGCAAAUGUGAUAUUUUUAAAAGAGAUACCUGGUUCAGUUGGUACAAUGAGCUGAUUAUAGGCGAUUAUACGCUCUGCUCACCCACACCUCGAGCUCACGUUGUGCCAAACUUACAUGUGUGAGUGUCGGUGAGCAAAAGCACACGCGAAUGUCAAGUCUCUGACUUCGUUGCUUAUUAUUUUAAAAUUAGUCCAAUAACCCACCUAUGUACAUGCUUGAGCGAUGUCUGUUUACUUUUGAAUUUCGAGUUUUCCCACUUCGGCUGUAAUUCUUACUUUCUCAGAUCACCUUAAGAAACAUCUAAAUGCUCUCUCAUCUAAAAGUACAUCUUUAACUCUGUCCCUUGACUGUGGGAGGGGCCAGGCAGCCGCCUGGACUUCGGAUCGGGCCUCCUCAGACAGACUGGUGACAAUUGAGGAAACAGGCCUUUGAGAUGGGACCACUUACUCCUUUCUUAGCCUUUUUGAGUUAAGUGUAUUGUCUCAGACUCAGGAAGAAUCUUGGUCCCGUUUGGGGUACUUUUUAAAUAUAAGGUGGCUAAUGUGGAAUCUGGGGCAUGGCCUUGGCCUGUAAUUACGGCUCAAAACCCAAAUAAGAACAACAGAGCAACAUGGGGCUCUCUUAGAACAGAAAACUCAAUGUAAGCUUUAUAUCAAAAUCAUGUAUGAACCAGAGCCCCUAUUUCAUUUGUGUUAUAAAAUCCCUUAAAGAUUUUAAAUGCUCCUAAAAACUAAUGAACGUUAUUCCCGAGCAACACUUUUUCCCACCUUAUAGUUUUUAAAUCCAAAAUCUUAGAUUUUUAUGCCGCAGCAAAAUGAAAUUACCAACAAUUAAAGAUCUAUGCUUAAAAAUAGUCCCCCGCUUUCAUGCAGAGUGCAUGCGUACAUGAUGGUGAGAUUCUUUAACACUCUAGGAACAAUUCGUCAGGGACAAAAAUAAAUGACAGUGCAUGUUAUAAAAAUGAUUUGCACUGUGCUAGUAAACUGAGGUUUUUGUUUUGUUUCUGUUGUGUUUGAGAGACGAUUCUAAAUCCUGCCUCUGGAAAGCAAGACCUUAAACUCUUCUCUUUAUCAUAAAUGGGACUUUUUCCUCUUUUAUGCAAACAGACGGUCUUGCGUGGAGUAAAAAUUAUGCAACAAUAAUGUUAUGUAAAUAGCAUAUGAAAUUUUCUAAGUAGUAUAAUUCAACAGCAAACCGAGAGACAUGUGGCUCCUCUAUUCAGAUCGAGUUUUAAGUUACCUAAUUUUUUUAGUCGGAACCUACUCUAGGUGGCCAUCAUCAUAAACUAUGUUUUCCUAGUAUGCCCCUCUGGAGACUGAGAAUCAAAUUCAGCAGUCUUUCCUUAAAACAGUACUGUAACGUGAAUGUAUUCGUCUCAGUCAACAGAACUUCAGUGCCCCCUGUACGUGGAGCUUACUUCCAUGCCAGUGUGGCUCAGGUGAGACCUAGAACAAGAAUAGCUGGGGUGAAAUGGAUCAUGGAGGUGGAGGUUAAGUGUCAAGGCAGGGCCCCGUGAGGAGGGAAAAGCUUUUCCCCAGAACACGUGGACCAGAAUUCUCAGAGCGUGGCUGCCCUCAGCAUCACACACCUAAUCUAAAGGAGCUCUUCCGGUUGCGGGAGCUCCUGCCUACACUGAGCCCGCCCUUUCCCGCCUGCUUUCUCUUCCUCCAAGUGCCUCGACCUCUACCAUGCUCUCUCUCCUCCCCUCAGCCCAUCUUGGUCCGAAGGCCUUUUCACAAUCCACACCAAACGUCACCAGCCACCUGCUGAUAGUCACCAGCAUUUACUUUUCCGAGUUGCUUUUUCCUCCAUUCAUUAAGAAUACGACUUUGCCCCCACUCCCUGUGAAUCCCACGACCACCCAGCUAUAUUUUGGCUAACCUCUGCCCUAGACACCCCACCAGGUAUUAUGCAACACCCCCUGUGGUCUCGUCCACCCCACACUGCCCUGCCCUUUCCCAGCCACCAAAAUACUUGCUCUCCUCUACCUCAUCCCCAAAGAGCCUAUGAAUUCAGAGUAUCCAGCCUUUUCAUGGAUUCACCUCUGUUGUUCAGUAAUACUACUUCCAUAUUUUAAAUAAAUCAUAGAAGAUGUUUGCCUUCUAUCGAAGUAAGAAUCUUUAUAUUUAUACAUGAUACAGAAAUUGAACUAUUUCUACCAUGCAGAAUUUAGCAUUUAGCAGGAUUUUAAAGCGAUCGAAUUGCCAUCCUAACCUGGAUCUAUAUUAGGUUAUAGACACCUGCAUUAGUCCAAGUUAUUUGAAUGUGAAGUUGAAAUUAUCCGGCAGUCCAGAGGGAUCUGUAACCCGGCAGUGGCACAGGAAGUUUCCGGCAGACACUCUUUCGACUGGUGUCAUUCGGUCCUUGAAACACAUUUCCAACAGAAGGACAUGUAAAGGGUGUUUAGGUGGUCCUGUUGGAUCACAGGAGCCCAUCUGAUUUUUAAUGUAGAUAAAAGGCCACAAAAUUGGCGACAUGAGGGUUUGAGCAGGCUCUCCCGGGUUAGACGGAGCUUCAAAGCCCCAUUCCCAGCUUGUUCUCACGGGGGUCACGUGCCCGGGGAUGAGAAGGGAACGGGCUGCGCUGGGGUCUCUGUUCCCCUGGCUGCACUUCCGGGGUGUCUGGACAGCAUCGUUAAGGAACAGGAAGAGGAGGAAGGAACACAGAGGAGGAGGAAGCGACCACACUUCCUCUCUAGCCAGUGCCUACUUGGUGUGGCUCAUGGAUGAAAACUGUCAGGUUUCCGUGGUGGGGCGCGUGUAUCUGUAGGUGGUUGCCUGACCCGAAGACAAACCACCCUAUUUGAAAAAACACAUUACUGUGAUCUUUGGAUGACUUCCACGCCCAUUCCUGAACUGCCCAACCUGGCAGCAGAGUCUAGUAAACGCCUUUAAGGGCCCAGGAGUAGACAGAUGCCUAGUUAAGAAAUGAGACUUUAAUAAUGGAGACUGAUGGGAAUGGUUUUUAUUAAAUCGUAUGUCAUGAAGUGUUCAUUCUAGCUUUAAAUUAAUUAUGACUGCACCACCAUGAAGUAGAGUUGGAAAAGAAGAAAUAUAGGGGUGGGGGGGAUGAAUAUCUGAUUCUUUUCAAUGCUUGUGGAAAUCUUUGAAGUAAUGACGUGCAUACUAUAAAACAGCCACUAGAACAAACACCUCGUUUUGCAGCUCAUAGGACAACAUCCAACGUUAGUAAGUCUAAAUAUGAUAAAUAUAAUUUUGGUAUAUAAAUUUGCUGGUACAGUCUAUUUUCUUGCACCCCUCAAUUUAACCUCUUAGAAAGUGAAUGUAUAAUUUUAACAGAAUAUCAAAGGGAGAGACACUCUCUCAUCUUUAAUGCUAAAAUACUGUUUAUGAAUCCUGAUGAGCAGAGUGUAUGCAUUACGACACUUACUGAACGAAACUAAUUAUACAUCUCUGUCUUAAAUUAAUCAGCCUUUACAAAUUUUCACCUGACUCCUAAAUCUGAUAAGAAAGGAUCAAAAAGUGGGAUAAAAGGAAACGGAUCCUUGGGUAGCUGAGAAGUUUCCUUUGUCAUGUUGAGACUUUUCUUCUUUCUGAAUUUCACUGGUUCUCCAAAAUAAAAAGUAAGAGUUAAAUGGUACCCUUGUUCAUCAAGGAAACAAAUCCAAACUCUGCCUCCAGUGCAGAUAUUUCCAUCGCAUCCGUGUAUCGUCCCCGGAAAGAAAAUACAAUUUUUUCCCUUCCUCUUUCUCUUCACAUUUACUCUUUUCAAUCCGAAAUCAGAUAGACACGGAAAACAAACCACAAGCCAGCCUGGCAUCUUCUCCAUGCGAAUGGAAGAGUCACGGCCACAUGCACAGUUGGAGCAAGGUUACAAAGAACCCAGUCAGGUCAGCUUGGAAUAUGGCCUUGCUACUUGGAUUAGCUCCUUCAAACCUGAAAAUAACCUUUCCUGGUCAUGGAAGAACUGGAUGUAUCCUUUAGCUUAUGAAAUAGGAUUCGAACUUGAAAUCUCUUUUUACAAAACAGAAAAAAAUCCUGAUUUUGCAGGGCAGCUACAUCAUGAAUGUAUAUAUUAAGACUCUGUAGCUGAAUUGCACAUGAAAUCAGAUUGCCAACUUCUUAUCUUUCAAUUUUAGACAUCAUUUUAUCCUUAAGUUGUGAGUGAUAUAUGUAGCAUGCUGUGAAAAGUCUGUUAGAGUUCUUUAAUUCAUCAGUAUUAAUACAGAAUCGUCUUUUGCGUUCCUCGGUACUUUUUAUUCAAUGUAAUCAGAAGCUGUGAUGUUUUCGCCUUUGUAAUCCUGUGCUUUGUUACUGUAAUUUUUUUUUUUUUUUACGAAGCACGUGUCUUUGGACUAACGUGAGGCAGACGACGUGAUCUUUAAGACUGCUCUAUAUACAGUCUCUUACUCUAUAAGGUUUUCAAUUAGAAUAAGCUUUUAUCAAAUAGAUCAUUGAUGCAAUUUAGGAUCCACACAAUUUUCAGCGUCGAAUGGCGGUCUUACAUUUAUAGUUUCAAUUCUGAAAAUAGCAAACUUGAUAAACAGCCACUUUAAACUCGUUCUGGCGAAUCAGACCCUGUAGAUGUAGUCUAAGGUAGUUAACCAUAUAAGCCUUUUCAGCUAUUAUGCCCUCCACACGAGUCAGCAGUAAAGGAGAAUAUAGAACCCAUGGAAGCUUUUUGUAUGUAUAACUAGGUUUUAUUUUUCUUAUGUUGCUGAUUUUACAACUCUGACUAAAGCUGACCUGAAUGGAUCAGUUUAUGUGUAAUAUUCUAGUGCUUUCAUGCCUUUUUUUUUUUUUUUUUUGGAGGGAUGGAUAUUAUUUGAACAGAUGCAGAAGGAACUGUUAGUGAGUCAAGCCAAACACAUUUGAAAUAAAGGAACUGUGUAUUAACAUGUUAACAAUUCAUAACUGCACUUUUUAUGACAUUUUGAAAAUCUAUUUAUAGGUACAGAACAAUGGGUUUUGUUAAACUGUAUCACAUUUAUACUUGCAGAAAUUUAUUUCAUUGUUAUUAGUAGGAAUUUUAUUGGUUCAAUAAAAUUGGCAAAACCGAA